AUGAACUCAAAUGAAAAAAAAAUGCGCAAACCCGGAAUCGAACCGGGGGCCCAACGAUGGCAACGUUGGAUUUUACCACUAAACCAUUUGCGCCAGAAGUGCUCCGCGACGGGGAAUUGA